CCUACAUCCUCACCAGCAAUCAGACUCACCCUCAAGAUCGCACAAAUUAACAAUACAGCGGCCAUCGUGUCCAUAAUAUUAUACAUCUGACCUCUUUUUGCUUUGCAUUCAUCAAGCCAAUCCUCAACGAAGAUGGCCUCGAUCAUGGCUCACGACCCUCAAAGUGAGGCCAUGGGAUAUUCCUUUGCUCAACCAAACAGCUCCGCAAUCAGAGAACACUCAUUCUACCCAUAUACCGACAAUGGCGGCUCUACCCUAGGAAUCACAGGUUCCGAUUUUGCGAUUCUAGCGGGUGACACUCGUUCUGUUGCAGGUUACAACAUUAAUUCUCGCUACGUUCCCAAGGUUUUCAAGAUUGGAGGUGAUGCUGAGACAGGGGAGGGUGCCCACAUUCUGCUCUCGGUCGUGGGUUUCGCCGCAGAUGGUCAAGCACUCAAGGAGCGGCUAGAUGCGGUGGUAAAGAUGUACAAGUACCAGCAUGGAAAGCCCAUGUCUGUACGAGCUUGUGCUCAACGGCUAUCGACUAUUCUUUACCAGAAGCGCUUCUUCCCUUACUAUGUCCAUGCGAUCCUUGCGGGCUUGGAUGAGGAAGGUAAAGGGGCGUUGUACAGCUACGAUCCAGUGGGCUCGUACGAAAGGGAGCAAUGCCGGGCAGCAGGAUCGGCAGCGAGCUUGAUCAUGCCGUUUUUGGACAAUCAAGUUAAUUUCAAGAAUCAGUACAUCCCAGGCAGCGGGGAAGGACAUGCCCUUGAGCCCAAGAAGGCGGAGCCAUUACCAAGGGCGACAGUCGAACAACUAGUUCGGGACGCGUUCACUAGUGCUGUUGAGAGACAUAUCGAAGUUGGAGAUGGUUUACAGAUGAUGGUGAUCACUCAGAGAGGGAUAGAAGAGAUCUAUACACCUUUGAAGAAAGACUAGAGGGGUUACUGUUGAGGAUCCUCACUUGUUCUGUCUUACUCAUAACAGUUCAUUCAAAUAUGUAAUGACAGCAUGAGAGGGAAUAUCUUUGCUUGGGAACAACAUUUUUUUAUAAACAUCACAUCAAAUGUAUCGCAUUCGAACACUGGCUA